GUGACCCAGGGCGAGAACAACCUGGCGCUCUGCGACACGUACCCGCCGGAUCUGGUGGUCCCGGCGUCGAUGUCGGACCUCGAGCUCCGCCGCGUCGCCGCGUACCGCUCCAAGGGGCGGCUCCCCGCCGUCGUCUGGGCCCACCCGGACCCGACCAACGGCGCGACGAUCUCGCGGUCCGCGCAGCCCAAGCCGGGCGUGCAGAACAAGCGGUCCGCGGACGACGAGCGCUACUUGGACGAGCUCCGGCGAUUGUGCCACGGCAAGCGCAUGGUCAUCGUCGACGCGCGGUCCAAGGUCGCCGCCCAGGGCAACCGGGUCAUGGGCGGCGGCACGGAGCUCGCGCGCUACUACGAGAACGUGGAACUGUUCUACGGCAACAUCGCGAACAUCCACGCCGCGCGCGACGCGCUCAGUUCGCUCCAGGCGCUCUGCCGCGACGGCUCCGGCGGCAACACCGCCUACGACGGCGGCGCGACCUGGCUCGGGAAGCUCGAGGGGACGAAGUGGCUGAGCAUGGUCCACGCGAUCCUCGCGUCCGCGGCGAAGACCGUCGACCUCGUGCACUACGAGCGGUGCGCCGUGCUCGUGCACUGCUCCGACGGCUGGGACCGCACGCCCCAGAUCACCGUGCUGGCCAUGGUCAUGCUCGAGGCGCGGUUCCGGACCAUGGACGGCUUUCUGGCGCUGGUGCAGAAGGAGUGGGCCGAUUUCGGGCACAAGUUCGACGAGCGGUGCGGCCACACGGACGAGAGCGGCGAGGACCAGCGGUCGCCCGUGUUCCUGCUCUUCGCCGACGCCAUGGUCCAGCUGCUCCACCAGUUCCCGGCGCGCUUCGAGUUCACGGCGGACCUGCUCGUGGCGCUGCUGGACCAGCUCUUCGCGUGCCGCUACGGCACGUUCCUCGACAACUGCUUCGUCAAGCGCGACCGCAAGAAGAUCCACGCGGCGACGGCGCCGCUCUGGUGGUACUUCCACGAGCACCGGGCGAAAUUCCUCAACGGCGCCUACGACGAGGACGAGGGCCCGCCGCUCAUCCCGAGCCUCCAGCCCAAGAACGUCGUCUUCUUCGACGCGUACUUCCGCCGCUUCGAC